AUGCAGAGCCAGAGGGCAGAAUGGGCUCUGUAUUUCUCUAGGACAGAGGAGGCCAUCCAGCAUCCACACCUGAUCAGUUCCUCUGAAGACAGCAGAUGGAUUUGCACAGAGAAAUCUGUGGUAUGCAGCAGGGAAGAUGUGGUCAUUGUUGGAUUUUACCCCCUCUAUUCUUGGGAAUUGUUCAUUCAAAGCUUGAAUGACCCUACCCUGCAGCAACAGAACAUUCAGAUCAACUUAAAGAAAUACCAAUUGCUUCUCAUCCUGCUGCUGGCUGUGGAGGAGAUCAACAAGAAUCCCCAUCUGCUACCGAACAUGACUCUGGGGUUUGAGAUCUAUACAGCACAUUACUCAGAUUACUCAGAUGAUCUAUCCACGUAUUGCCAGCUAAUGGACUCAUCAACCAAUGUGAUUAUCUUUUAUGGGGACAGUAAAUUUCUACUAAGCUUUAUUGUUAAAUUUGGGCACAUUUUAAUUACAAGGAAAGUGUGGGUCAUGAACUCACACUAUGAUGACAUCACCAUUGAAGAGAAUUACAACAUCUAUAAUGCUGUGUAUGCCUUGGCCCACGCCCUCCACCAGAUGUUUCUUUGUCACAUGGAGGAGCCACUAGGGCACAAUGGUCAAUCAAGGGCAUUUCUCUCUUCACAGCUGCAUCCCUUUUUGAAGAAGAUCCAAUUUACCAAUCCUGUUGGAGACCAAGUGGUUUUGAAUGAGGAAAGGAAAUUGGAGGCAGAAUAUGACAUUAAGAGCUUUUGGAAUUUUCCAGAAGGUCUGGGACAAAGGGUGAAAGUUGGCGAGUUUUCUCCAUCUAGGCCAUAUGGUCAACAACUGAUUUUGUUUGAAAAUCUGAUAGAGUGGCCCAUAGGAAUUACCAAGACUCCUCAGUCUGUCUGCACUGAGAACUGUGGUUCUGGAUACAGGAAGGCCUCUGUGGAAGGAAAUGCUACCUGUUGCUUUGACUGCAUUCUUUGUCCAGAGAAUGAGAUUUCUAAUGCAGACAGUGAUUCUCACUCCUCAUCAGACAUGGAGCCGUGUGUCAGGUGUGCAGAUCAUCAAUUUGCCAACACCCAGAGAAACCACUGCCUCAUGAAAACUGAGGCCUUCCUGGCUUAUGAAGACCCCUUGGGCCUGUCUCUGGUCUGCGCGGCUCUCUGCUGCUCUGCACUAACAGCUGCUGUUCUUGGGGGGUUUAUCAAGCACCAAGACACCCCUAUUGUCAAGGCCAAUAACCGGGCACUCAGCUACAUCCUGCUCAUCUCCCUCACCUGCUGCUUCCUCUGCUCCUUGCUCUUCCUUGGCCGUCCCAACACAGCCACCUGCAUCCUGCAGCACACCACAUUCGCAGUGGUCUUCACCGUGGCUGUCUCCACGGUCCCAGCAAAGAUCAUCACUGUGCUUCUGGCCUUCACACUCACUGAUCCAGGGAGAAGCAUGAGACUGUGGCUGUUGUCCGGGGCUCCUAACCUCAUCAUCACCAUCUGCACUCUCAUCCAAGUGACUCUCUGUGGUCUCUGGUUGGGAAUCUCUCCUCCUUUUGUGGACAUAGAUGCACACUCUGAACAUGGCCACAUCAUCAUCCUGUGCAACAUGAGCUCUCUCACCGCUUUCUUCUCUGUCCUGGGAUACCUGGGUGCCCUGGCCCUGGCCAGCUUCACUGUGGCUUUUCUGGUCAGGAACCUGCCUGACACCUUCAAUGAGGCCAAGUUCCUGACCUUCAGCAUGCUGAUGUUCUGCAGUAUGUGGCUCACCUUCCUGCCUGUCUACCAUAGCACCAAGGUGAAGGUCAUGGUGGCCGUGGAGGUCUUCAUCUUGGCCUCCAGUGGAGGCCUCCUGAGCUGCAUCUUUGCCCCCAAGUGUUACAUCGUCUUGAUAAGACCUGAGAGAAAUUCACUGCACAGGUAUAGGGAGAGAACAACUGAAAGAAAUAAAUCUUAA